AUGGUCAAUAGUAGAGCGUACUAUCAUAUAAGUAUUAGGUUUGAGCUAUGGUCUCCCGCCAUAUCUCCCGAGUUCCCAGAGAACUGGGAAAAAGGGGAGUUUAUUGGUAAAGGACAAUUUGGAGUUGUGUUUCUUGUAGUGGACAAAGAUCACCCACAAGAUAAAAAAUUUGUAGGGAAAGAAGUUCAGGUUGACAAAGAAAAACAAACUCAGAGCUUAAGAGAGAUAGAGAUCCUUAGGUUGCUCAACCAUAAAAGAAUCGUUCCAUUCUAUGGCUCGGUCAAAAAGAAAGAUACAAUUUACAUGUUUAUUGGCUACAUGGAAAAGGGCUCAUUAGCUGAUUAUAUAGCGAAAGAAAAUGGAUUAUCUGAAGAGAAAACUAGACUUUUCACCAGGCAAAUUUUGGAAGGUGUCAACUAUCUACAUGCUCAAAAGCCUAGUAUUAUACAUAGAAACAUAAAAGGUAAAAAUGUGCUUCUGGAGGAUGAGAAUAAUGUCCGCUUGUCUGACUUUGGUUUAUCAAAAAUCUUGCACGAAAGCACCAGCGCUCGCUCCAAUAUGGGCUCGUACAAGUGGAUGGCACCAGAAGUGAUUUGUGCUGUUGGAGAAAUCUGCCAUGAUGUCAAAGCUGAUAUCUGGAGCAUUGCUUGCACAGUUGUAGAGAUGGCCACCAAGUCGCCGCCAUUCCCAGAGUUAACCCCCUUUCAGGCACUGAUUAAAAUAGGUCGUGGUGAUCACCCUCAGUACAAACUUCCAGAAAAUUCCUCAGAAGCUUUAAGAAACUUUCUCGAUCGUAUAUUUAAACUAGAUCCCAAGGAACGUCCGACAUCUGAGGAACUGUUAAAAGACACAUUUAUAGCAGUGAGUAACCUAUCUGAGGAUUUUCCCAAAAAGUGGACAAAAGGCAGACUUGUCAGUACUGGGUCACAGGGUGAUGUUUAUAUUGUACAAGAUGAGGACAAUCCAGACGAUGAAUCUUUUGUUGUUAAAGAGAUGAUUACAACCAUCACAUCUAAAGAUUUGCUAUUGAAACUAUUCAGAAAUGAGACAGAUGUGAUGACCAAACUCAAACAUGAAAAGAUCGUCACAUUUUACGGUUUCUGCGAGUCAGGAAUCACACUGUCAGUUUUCAUGAAAUAUAUGAAAAUGGGGUCUCUUGAGAACUACAUCAAAACCAAAGGACCAUUGAAGGAAAAACAGGCCCAGAAGUUUACUAAAGACAUCCUGGAAGGUGUCCAAUAUCUCCAUGCCAACAAUGUCAUUCACAGGGAUAUCUCUGGUAAACAUAUCUUCCUUGAAUCUGAGGAGAAUGUCAAACUUGGAGGGUUUGGUGUGUCCAAAAAUCUCCGUAAUGACUGGAAUGUCAAAAUUUUACUGAAGCAGGAAUCUGAUUUGAUCUCACCUGGAUCCAUCAACUGGAUGGCGCCUGAAAUGGUUGCCGCAAUUAUGGAUGACCAUGGCAGUACUUAUGAUGAAAAAGUGGAUAUAUGGAGUGUUGGCUGCACUGUUGUCCAGAUGGUCACUGGCAACCCACCAUUUAUAGACUUGGAAGAGCAACAAAUAACAUUUCAACUGGCCUCAGACAAGCCUCCAAUCUUCAGCCUUCCAGAACAAUCUUCCCCAGCCAUCAGAAACUUCCUGCAAAAUACGUUCCAUUCUCAGCCCAGCUUAAGACCUUCAGCCACUGAUUUGUUAACCAAACAUGCAUUUCUAAAAAACGUUUCUGGACGUAUAUUUUUUCAUAGGGUAGCAGAUUCCUCGCCCGAUCUUUCAAUAACAUGUACACCUGAUUGUUUUUCCGAUAUAGAGAUCACUAUAAAUAUUAAAACAGAAGAGUUACCACAGAUUGUAAAUGUAAACCUAUCCAACUAUAAGAAACAUUAA